AUGUUGGGUGAUAGUUUCGUUCUUCUCAAUUUCCCUGAUCGGUCAGUCAGGCAACUUUGCUCAGACAUUCGCCAAUGCUGUUGUCUACGACAUAUUCACCAAGAACCCAACUGCCAUGGGAUAUCUCUACCUCCAUGUCUCAGCCGCUAUCAUAGCCGUUGUGUUGACGUCUGCGAGUUGGUGGUUACUGAAACCGAGCAAAAAAGUCCAAAGUGA